CUUGACCUCAGGGGUUGCUUCCUACUGAUCAGGACUCAAGAAACAAGGAUGGAGAGAUAUCACUUCUUUGCGUUUUUGCUGUGUGGGGUCUUCAGAUCAGAAGUCCUCAGCAUUCCAUACACAAAUUUUUCAAUAGAUUGUGAAACUAUGGUGACGGACCACCCACUUGAACCACAGCAAUCUGAAUCUCCCUAUCACGUUUCCUUCAUUUCAGAGCAAUAUGAUCCAGGAAAUGAAAUAAAAGUGAGCAUAGAAGGACGACCAGAUGCUGGAUUCAAAUGGUUUAUGCUGCAGGCCCGAGACAUCGAUAGAAACAUCCCUAUUGGGACAUUUCGAAUCACAGAUCCAAAGACAAAUACUUUUGAUUGCUACAACAUGUCGAAUUCCACAUUAAUUCACAUGGACUCAGAGGAGAAGCACAAUGUCACGUCUAUUUGGGUUGCACCUGAUGCUAGAAGGGUUCAGUUCAUAGCAACCGUUUUUCAAGACCCUGAAACAUACUGGCUUGUUAUUCCCAGAAUAGUCCUCUUUCCUAGAGAGGCCAAUGAGACAGCAAUAGUUUCUGAAAUUGCUGAUGCGCCCAAACAAAAUAACACAUCAUCAAGAAGUAGGAAGAAGUCUUCAAGCAUUACUGUAAGAAUAAACUGUGAACAGGGUGGCAGUGGAUCUUAUGCAAGCAGCAGUGAAUGUGCCAAGAGUUCAACAUUUUCCUCCCAGAGUGGUAGCAACCAACCCCAGGGUGGCGUAGUGUACCAAGGAGGGGUUAAAAAGACUGGAUGCAUUGGUAGUGGAACAUCUGGUGUUUACAGCAAGUAUGGCUGCUAUGAUCCGGAUGUCAGCUAUGGUAGCAGUGGCUCAUAUGGUCAGUCUGUUUCAACUGUGUCAAAUAAAGGAAAGGUCAUUGUGUAUGCACCAAGCAACCCUUAUCCACCAGAACGUAACACAUACACAUCGCACCUUGCCAACUCCAAAUACAAGCAUAUUCAGAGUACUAAAUACAGUGAGAAAAUUCAGGCCCAGGGUUCAAGCCCCCAAAGUGGUGUCCGUAUUACAAUUCAGAGUGGACAGCCUGGACAGAUCUGCGAUAAGACCUCAUCCUCCUACAACAGCCAAGCCUGUAAACUGAGUAUACAGUCUACUUCAUCACAGAGCAGUAGUUCUUAUGGUUCUCAGCAGGGUGGAACCUCUGUUAUAGUCAGUAGCGGUGGAUCCUCUCCUUCAAGCAGUGGCAGUGGAACCAAAAUUAUAUUUGGUGGCCGUGGAUCUUCUGCAUCUACUUCCUCUACUACAUUUGGCAGCAGUGGUGGAUCCUCUUCAGGUGGUGGCAAAGGGGUCUCUAUCACAUUUGGUGGGAGUGGACCCUCUCCAUCAGUGAGCAACAGUGGAUCAUCUGCUACAUUUGGCAGCAGCAGUGGAUCAUCUACUACAUUUGGCAGCAGCAGUGGAUCAUCUACCUCAAGUGGCGGCAGGCCUUGUGGUCAGGGAUUUACCUAUGAUGGCAGUCCUUGUAACCAGGGUGGACAGAGUGGAUCAUACGGUGGUGGAAGCCAAUCUGGACAGGGUGGCCAGAGUGGAUCAUACGGCGGUGGCAGCAGCCAGUAUGGGCAGGGUGGACAGAGUGGAUCAUAUGGCGGCGGCAGCCAAUACGGCCAGGGUGGACACAGUGGAUCAUAUGGGAGCAGCAGCCAUUAUGGACAGGGUGGACAGAGUGGGUCAUAUGGCAGCAGUAGUCAAUAUGGACAGGGUGGUCAAAGUGGAUCAUACGGUAGCAGCAGCCAAUACGGACAGGGUGGACAGAGUGGGUCAUAUGGCAGCAGUAGUCAAUAUGGACAGGGUGGUCAAAGUGGAUCAUACGGUAGCAGCAGCCAUACGGACAGGUGGUGUCAUGCCAUUUCUUUGGGGCAGCGUUUAGAUGCGCUGACCAAAGAAUCGAUUGAAAGCUGUCGCCGCAGUGGCAAGGGUGGAUCAUAUGGAGGUAGCAGCCAAUAUGGACAGGGUGGACACAGCGGAUCAUACGGUAGCAGCAACCAAUAUGGACAGGGUUCUCAGAACAGUGGAAGUUACAGCAGUAACAGCUGUGAUGGAGGCGAUGCUUCUACUUAUGGAUCAAAAGCUCUGAGCUCAACCAACUGCCGAGGCAAAAGGGAUCUAGCAGCUCAAGAUACAUAUAAUGAUUUCAUCAGAAAGAUUCGUGAAAAAAGUGCUCCAUCUCAUGCACCAGUAAGAAAGACUGGUACUGAAAAAAUUCGUGCUCUAAUCAGAGCAAUUCGAAGUGAAAAAAAUGAAACUUCUACUGCAGGAAGUAUUAAUGUCUAUAGAGAGGGUGAAAACCUUGCUCCUAAUGGGAACUAUCAUACAGAGGAUGGAACAUAUAUGGCAUUUGCAAAUAACCGGGGAGAAUGUGUUUGCCCUGGUGCACAGGGUGGACAAGGUGGAUUCAGCGGCGGCCAAUACGGACAGGGUGGGCAGAGAGGGUCAUAUGGCAGUGGCAGCCAAUAUGGACAGGGGGGAUCAUAUGGCAGUGCCAGCCACUAUGGACAGGGUGGAUAUUAUGGUGGCGGCAGCCAAUAUGGACAGGGAUCAUAUGGUGGCAGCCCAUAUGGACAGGAUGGAUCAUAUGGUGGAGGAAGCCAAUAUGGACAGGGUGGAUCGUAUGGUGGUAGUACUCACUCUGGACAGGGUGGAUCCUAUGGGAGCAGUAGCCAAUAUGGACAGGGUGGAUCAUUAUGGAAGCAGCAGCCUUAUGACCAGGGUGGAUCAUAUGGUGGGCAGCAGCCAAUACGGGACAGGGUGAUCAUAUGGUGUGGCAGCCAGUAUGCAAGGUCUGUAAUUCAGCUCAUUAAAAUGUCUUUUUCUAAUAUAGAGACUCAUCAUACUGGAGGCAGACAGCCUGGUGGACAGGUUCUUCUUCUGGUGGACAAGGCCGCCCGUCUGGUGGUGGACAUGGUAGCCAAUAUGGUUAGCAGCAGCCAGUCUGGUGGCAGCAGCCAGUAUGGUGGUGGAAACACGAGGAGAAGCAGUUUUUAUGGUGGUGGAGAAGGAAGCUCUCUUGUGGCAGCAAAGCCAAUCUGGUGGUGGUCGAGGAAAGCAGUAUGUUCGGUUCCCACUAUGGGAGUAACCAGCAAGGUGGUGGACGAGGAGGCAACCAAUACAGUGGACAUGUAA